AUGCUCAUUCCAAAUGACAUUUCGAUGGCAGGCAGGGUGUCGAUGAAGGGAACGUCAUUGACCCUUCCCACGCAAGAGCAGUUGCCUGUCUUGCGGGCCAAAACCUGGACGACCAUGUUUGCUCGGUCGCCACCUUCGCCACCUCCGCCCAGGCCACCGCCACCCAGUCCUCCGCUUGCGAAAGCACAAAAGUCACCAAGACUACCGGGAUCCCCACCACCAUCCCCACCACCACCCCUGAGGAAAGCACCUAAGGCACCUCGGGUACCUAAAAGCCCUGAAAACCCAUCACUGCCUUCCCCGCCAAAACCACCAAAAGCUCCAAGGUUUCCACGGCCGCCCAAGAUGCCCGGGAGCCCACCACCGUUGGCGCCUCCGUCCCCACGCCCACCUAACCCAAGCCGAUUUCCGCCCUCACCACCGCCGCCAGCUCCGGCCCUCAGAAGCCCGCCAGUUAAGCGCCCCAACCCGCCGCCGCCGCCACCCCCGGAGGAGCAAGCCCAAUCCGAUGACGCCUACGUGCCCGUCCGGGACCCCAAAACCUUGACAAGCGUGGUCAUGGCAGUGGAUGUUUGCGGGGAGCCCUCCAGGGCGAACCUCACUGCUCUGCAGAUUGCUUGGGCGACUGUCCUGCCGAACUUCUUCCGGCAGAGUUCCUUUGGUGCACUCCUGAUGCCUACAGACCCGAAAUACAACCGCGUCCUGCGGGACCACGUGAAUAUUGGGUGCCCCCCUGGCGAUAGAGAUCUAAGAGUGUGGGGAGCCAGGGCUGACGCAGACGCUCGGCAACGUCUCCAACAAGACGUAAGCGCUUACUAUUCGCACGUAUACAUUAUGCCGCCCAGCUUUGGUGGCGUGUCGUACGGGGUCAUCAUGUGCCCUAACUACGGCACAAGCGACGUACCGGGGGUGUGGACCACAGUCAGUGCAAUCCCGUGGACUAUGGUGCAUGAGAUGGGGCACAACUUGGGCCUAUUCCAUUCUAAGGGUUACGACAGCAAUGGUGUGGAGCAGGAGUACGGUGACCCAUCAUGCCCUAUGGGCACCAACGUUGUGGCUCAUUACAAUGCGCCUCACAGCGUGUGGCUAGGAUGGACAACUCCCCAGAGGGUGCUUAUGGACACAGAUUUAAUCGUCGGCACGUGGAGUACCUACACCAUCAAGGGGUUGGCCAACACCCCAGUUAGCUCUCUGCAGAUAUAUGCUGGGUCCUGGAUGUUUGGGCGCACCGAAUCACCCUUGGUGUGGGAUCGAAACGACCUCUUAUACGUCAGCUUUCGCCACUACAACACCUCCUCAGUGGACGUUGGCUUGCCCGAGGCGCAGAGGAACAAAGUCCACAUCCACCGCCACGCGCGGGACGUAGAAGACUGCGGCGCUCCGGUACUCCUUGCCAGUUUGGAUGACGGGCGAAUACAGAGCACUUGGCCCAAGCGCGGUAGCAAGCUCAUGCAGGACGCCCUAUCGCCGCUAUUGACAGUGACAGUGACCAGGAUUGACACGAAGGCGGGCAUCGCUACGGUUAAACUGUGCCGGGCUAGCCAGCUUACUGCAGAAACUGGUGCACAGUGCCAUGAUAACCUGGAUAACAACUGUGAUGGACUGGUUGAUAACUGCUAAGGGCGGGGGGAGGCCACGGAAGAGAUGCGGCACACAGGAGCACAUCGCGGCAAAUGCACCACUGGCCAUCAGCCAACGCCGCGGCGUCAUCAACAGCCUUGCUAGGUGCAGAGCUUGCCGACAAGCAGAUUGACGCUAUGUGCGGGGCCAGCAGGCCAGCCAGGUCAUCCGCCAACGAACCCGAAGUGAUAUUUAGGAAGAUUAUCUGCAUGGCGCAGCAUGGUGCAGCAUGCAAGUUUUUCUUAUGUGUUUUUCCGGAAGCCAUUUAUCAGAGUAGUGCGCCAGUAAGCAAGCAAUCGUGCAAGUAACAGCUUAUAGGCAUGGAGAUAAGCAAGGUCUAGAGGAAUGGUGGGCUGGAAUGGUGCUGCUGCUGCUGCUGCUACACCGCCAUCGCCAUCGUUGCUGUGCUGCGAGCAGUCUACCGAGCUUUUGAUAGCAAGCAAAGCGUGCAUAUGUACAGGUUCUGGACAGCGGUAACCGUUAUCCAGCGUGGACUUACGACAUGGUGAUGCACAGCACGUAUUUAUUGACCGACCAUCGCACGGACGAUAACCAACGUGUGACAUGGAGGGGUUAUGGGUUGAGCACAGUCAUCAUCUAAGCAGGCAGGGCUAACGGUGCCCUGAGCUAAUUCCUUUUAGGCGAAGAAUGAGACCUUAUAGAGCUUCCCUAGGUAAUAGCAAAAACACCGCGUGUGCACAGCGGGCAUUCAUGAAAUGUUUUAUUUAUUGUCGUCCCGGCUUUUGCCGCCGCCGUUGCUGUGCUGCGGCGUGCAUGGCAGGGAGGUCCUUGCUCAUCUGCUAAAAGACGACGGGUUGUGUGGGGUAUUGAGGGGUUAUGGGGAGUUAGACGCCGCGAUGGCUUUCCGCAAGUCGUUGCCGGUAGGCGUGCAAUGACUGGAAUUCUUCGAGCCCUGUCUCUCGCGGGCAAGGGCCAACUUUAUGCAACAUGAAUCUUGAAUGAUGUUUUUACAGCGCUGGUACCCAGCGAU